AUUUCCGACCCGACGGCAGCUCACAUCGGCGGCCAGCCGCCGCGCUGCUCCCGUCUUGCCGACUUGAGGUAAACGGCGCGUCGUUUAUAUGCAACCUUGAAAGUGAAACUGGUCUCGGAGGUGGCUCGUCGUCGGCUCGCUAAGCUCCGACGGCGCAUCGAUGAUCCGUGUGGCGGCGGCGACGGCGGCGUUAGUGGCGGACCUCAGCCUACAAGGCCGUCCGGGAGUUUUGAGCAACUCGGGCGGAAAGAUUUUGUGUCUACGGGUGAUUCGCGAGUGCGUGUGUGUCGCGGCGUGCGUUAAGGCGUCGCCACGUGUUGCGCAUGCGCCGGGAAAUACACGAUAGAGAGUGUAAGCAGAAGUAAGCUUGACGUCCUCUUCGAGGAGUGUGUUAUCUACUGCUCCUGUGCGCUGCUGUCGGGUGAUUUGGCGAGAGCGACGUCAGGGAGUUCAGGUGUCCAGAGGCUGCUUUGGAGGUUCUAGGCUGCUGGCAGAGGAUCUCCUUUACACCAUGACAAGGACGUGGCUUCUGACGGCGUGCCUCCUGGCCUACGCCGCUAAGAGUACCUACGGACAGCGCGGCGGUUUUAACCCACUGGGCUCCUUGGGAUCCCUGGGUUCCCUAGGCUCCGUGGGAUCGAGUCUGAAUCCUGUCAAUAUCGGCACUCAGACCUGGGACCAGACGUUCGGGAAGCUGACAAAUACCACUUCUGGAGAUAUUGCAAGGCGGUUCACCGAAAGUGCCAUCCCCGGCGUUCGCCACCGAAUCGUCACGGAUGUCCCCCUGGGCGGUCACAAGCUGGCCGAAGUGUUUCAGGACGCCAACGACACUGUGCUCGACUGCAACCUCCUCGGUGACAAGGUUCUCAUCGAGAGUGCUCUGGCGGUGAUUCCCGAAAGCCUCCUCACGAAAGUGACGCCAGAAGAGAUGCAGUAUUUCCUGGACCUGUGUCACAACAGGGACCCCAAUGCCAAAAAGGGAGGCCUAAAAUCCUUCUUUGAAUUCAUCGGCGACAUCUUCAAGAGCCUCUUCAUAUUCCCCGGUACCAAGUGGUGCGGAGCCGGAGACGUGGCCAAGAACUACGACGACCUGGGAGUGAACAAGGCGACGGACAUGUGCUGCCGAGAACACGACCACUCGGGAGAGAGCAUCGAGGCACUGAAGUCCAAGCACGGCAUCACCAACACAAACCUCUACACAAUGACGAAUUGCAAGGACGACCGCAAGUUCUACAACUGCUUGUUAAAUGACAGCAGCCUUCCAUCUGCUGCUGUCGGAAAACUGUUUUUUAAUGUUCUUCGCACCAAGUGCUUCGACUACGCCUAUCCCAAGAAAUGCGUAAACAAUAACCAGUUCUACAUCCCGCUGGUUACCGAAAAAUGCAAGGAAUACCGGCUCGACGAAUCGGAGCCCAAAAAGUGGCAAACCUUCUCGCCUCCUAACUUUGCCAAGGACUACAUGAACAGGAAGAAGAGCCAGCCGACCCAAGCGCCUCCCAUGACUCCCGUGAAGGGACCGGAAACGGGGGCCCAGAACCCCAACCCCGCGGUUCCGGUCACCACCGAAGAACCCGAAGAGGAGCCCGUCUGGGAGGAAGAACCGGACACUUGGAACCUCAUCGAAGACAGCGACAUCAGCCCCGACGCGACGGAGGAACCAGUGUACGACGAGUCCCAGGAAGCGGCACCCACGACAAAAAAGCCAGUGAUCCCCAUUCCUGGACCCCUCGGCAAAUCGAAGCUUUUCGGAGACCUGGGCAAAUGAGAGCAGAUUACUUUUUUUUUGUAACUAUAGUCACUGUCCACUUAGGAAACGCAAAGCGUGGUCCAUUUUGUCUACGCAUCUUGCGUUGUGAUUGGGCCUUCGGCGUUUUAUAGACUAAUGCCGCUAUCUGAUUGGCGGCGGAGUAAUAAUAAGAUGCACAGGACUCGCUAUGCACGCUAUGUUUACGCAGGCUGUGUACACCUUAAACAUAGGGUGUAUGCACCCUAUGUUUUCUUAAGCUGUCACUGACUAUACUAAAAUUUACCGGUGAAGCGAGCUAGCGAAGCUCCGCCAUAUUUACACUCGUUACUGUUACCAUUGAACAGAUGCUUAGCACAGAGAACCGAAUCUUGUUCACCAAGACCCGGUUUCGCAAGGUGACGGCAAUAUGUUGUAUGGUUUUACUUUUUGCUAGGAUGAAUGCUGGCGCUGAUGUUUCAAAUAAAGAGCAUUUCUAUGAUGCC